AUGAGCGAAGAACAACGCUGGCAACUUCUGUGGCAAAGGCUGUUCCGUACUAUACCUCCUCCGAAGAGCCCUUAUAAGGAACUAUCCAGUCGGGAUACCAGCUCAGCGACACCGGUGACAGCAUCCAAGAAUAAUACCAGAUACCAUCCAUAUUCCAAACCCCGGGAAGCAGGAAGGGCUAAAAAUGCUUCCGAACCACCGCCAGCUUCUGCACAUAACUCUGUACACACAGAGACCCGCUCUCAGGUCCGUCCUGCCAUUGAAACUGCGGACACCCAGCAGUCUGGUGUACCAAGUGCUGAUGUCCAGGGGCCGGGACCCCAAACGACCGCAUUCUUGGAGCGUAAUAUCCCCUCAUCGUCACGGACAGAGGCCAGUUCCAACGUCCCCGUUCGAUACCCAACGCCUGUACAUCAACAUCAGCCGCCUCAACAACCUCAACAGCCUCAGCCGCCGUGUAUUCCGUCUCUGCAAGCGUCAUCCUCUUUUUCCUUUACGAAUCUUGUAAGCCCAGAGGAUUUGCAACGAAAUAGCUCCCUCUACCCUCAUGCUGGCGCCAAGGGCUCCAAAACGAACCAGGAUAAUGACAAUCCCUAUUUCCCGCCCAUUGGCGAGACUCAGUAUCCUGUAAACAAUGUGCCUUUGAACAAUAUGCUCCAUCACAAUGUGCCAGCGGGCAACGUGUUUGAGAACAAUUUGCCCAGCUCGUGGGCGCCCGGUCCCAACUCCGGCGGUUCUCAGCAAUGA